UUACUUAAACUCAGCCCUCCCCAUUCCAUUGAUGUCAUUGUCCCCAGAUGUCCCCAUGGCUUCCCCGGGCACUGUAUGUACUUGCAUAUCUUCACGUACACUGAUCAUCAAUCACGCUGCGAUACAGUACAUUAAUCAAACUGAAUAUGACUCAAAAUUUGGUUCAAUUAUAGAUAUGCAUGAUUCACGCGAGUUAAGAGCGUUACCUUAUCUAUAAAAAUGUACUCAAACUUCGUACAUUGUUCCAUAGCAAAGUAGUGAUGUAAUGAGGUUCAGGUAUAAAAUGCAAUCGGUUCUGGAAAAAUUCAUGAUUCAACUUUCAGGACUGGCAAUUACAAAAUGUUUCUUCAACUGCUUUCGUUCGCCACCUGUGUUUAUUUUACGGUAGGCUAUGUUCAAGAAAUAACAUUCUACCCGGAACCCGAUUAUGGCGGGAAUGCGACCCGAUUUCAGAGCAAAGAGCCAGACGUUACUCCUUAUUCGGAACUUUUGAGAAACGUGAAAUCAUAUUGCUUACAAGGAUAUUGGGAGGGAUACAGUGGUACCGAUUACACUAUUUCGAACACACUCGGAUUUGUUUCUCCUGAUACUACACUCCUUUGCUGGAAUAGAACGUUCCCUUUAACAAUGUCUUUGCGAUUUAUGGGACCCAUGGAAACAGAAACGCCUUCUGUUUCAAUCUAUAGCGGAACUACUUAUAGCGCGACGGGUGGAAAUGAGCGCACAUUUACUGGCUUAUCUGCCAACAAUUUUGGAUUUGUUCCCACCUUCAUGGUUUUUACUGGAAGGUCAAGCUGGACUGGCUUUGUCAACGACGAUUUUUCUGGAAACUCAAUUUGUUUCUCAAAAUCGGAGCUUAUCGGUUAUUCAUUUUUGCAAGGAUGGGAGAUAAGAUCCUUGGUUCAAGGAUGUAACCCUAAAUACAAGAGUGAGUAUUGGGAUGUCGAUAAGGUUCUGAAAACAUAAGUUGUCAAAAAAGUGCUUGUGCACAUGUGUAUUUUACAUAUGUUUGUAAACACGUAUAUGAUUGAGACAAUAAACAUGUAAAUUGAAUCUAGAAUCAUGUGAA